CUUGGUUGGAGCCUCGGAUCUUGGGGUCACUGAGCCGCCGAGGAAUGCUGGCGCCCGUCCAGUUUGGGUCGGAGCCUGGGGCCGUGGGGCCACCGAGCCGCCGAGCAGGUGGCGGCAUGCGGGCGCCUGGGCUGCCGGGCCAGGGGCGCGCCGGCGGGGCCGAGGCCGGGCGGGCGGGCCCGAGGCCCUUCUGCCUCACGCCCUCCGUGGGGACCUGGCUCGCGCCGCGGAGCGAGGCCGAGGUGCCCGAGGUGCGCUCCCCGGGCGCAGCCAAGCGCCGGCCUGCAGCCCCCGAGGAGGAGCGCUCCACGGACUGUGGCUCCCCGGCGUGCGCGUGGGACGCCUCCUCCGGGGAGGAGCCGGCGGCGGCCGCGGAGUCGCCGCCGGAGGCGCCGCCAGAGGCGCCCGCGGCAGCGCUGCCGGCAGAGCCGCGCGCCA